UCACGUUAUUGCUUAUAACACACAUAACCGUAUGUUGAAGAUUUUGGAUUUUAAAAAACAAAACAAAAAAUGUGUACAUUUUUAUAAACUGCAACAUGCCCGUUGUAAAAGUUGUAAAUCAAAAAGACUUAUUCCAACUUGCAAAGUCCCUAAAUGCCGUCAAAAUGUUCCAUGUAAAUGCAGGUUCGUCACUUCGACGUUCACACUCUGUUCAAACAUUCCAGUACCUGAUCAUCAUCGAUUUUGAAGCAACCUGUUGGCCAGCGAAAGAUCUCCCAAAAUGGAUGCAGAACGAAAUCAUCGAGUUUCCAGCGAUACUACUGAAUCUGUCCGACGGAAAAAUCGAGUCCGAAUUCCGCCAAUUUGUGAUGCCCAUCGAGAACCCAAGGUUGAGUGAUUUCUGUACCCAGUUGACUGGGAUACGCCAGGACCAGGUCGACAAUGGCGUUCCACUGUACACCUGUCUGGAAUUGUUUGAUAAAUGGCUGCAGAAGACCGUUAUCGGCGAGCAUAAGCUGGUUUUGCCAAAAACGGAUGCCAGAAAUCCCACGGGAAACGUCGCCUUCGCCACGUGGACCGAUUGGGAUUUGGGCGCAUGUUUGUCCAAAGAGUGCAUAAGAAAGAUGAUUACCAAGGAAGGAUAUUUUAAUCAGUGGGUCGAUAUUCGCGCCAUUUAUAAGACAUUUUAUCAGCACAAUCCAAAAAGCUUUGCAGAUGCUCUAAGUACGCUCGGCAUGCGGUUUGAAGGACGGGCCCACAGUGGAAUCGACGAUUCAAGGAACAUUGCGCGAUUGGUUGCACGAAUGCGUCGCGAGGGAGCAAACUUUAUCAUCACAAAAGAUUUAAGGCCAUUUGAGAGACUUAAAAGACUUAAUUUGAGAAACUAGUUCAAAGAAAUAUUAUGAACGAUA